AUGGCCGUUACCUUCUCCGAUCUACACACAGAGCAAGGUGUCAAAUCCGUGGACGAUCACCUCGCCGGAAAAACCUACAUCUCCGGAGAUCAAUUGACUGUGGAUGAUGUGAAGGUAUACGCUGCCGUUUCGGAGAAACCUAGAGAUGCUUUCCCUAAUGCUAGCAAGUGGUACGAUUGCGUCGCUUCCCACCUUGCUAAAAGCUUCCCUGGAAAAGCUGUUGGAGUGUCAAUCGGUGGCUCUGCUGCUCAACCUGAGGCACCUGCAGCAGCUGCAGGUGAUGACGAUGAUGACAUGGAUCUGUUUGGUGACGAGACUGAGGAGGAAAAGAAAGCUGCUGAGGAGAGGGAAGCUGCUAAGAAGGACACCAAGAAGCCCAAAGAGAGUGGAAAGUCAUCAGUGCUCAUGGAAGUAAAGCCAUGGGAUGAUGAGACUGAUAUGAAGAAGCUAGAAGCAGCCGUUCGCAGUGUUGAGAUGCCUGGUCUCUUAUGGGGAGCUUCAAAACUGGUACCAGUUGGUUACGGUAUCAAGAAGCUCACGAUCAUGCUCACAAUUGUUGAUGACCUUGUUUCCCCAGACAACCUCAUUGAGGAUUAUCUCACCUGUGAACCUAACAACGAGUACAUCCAGAGUGUUGACAUCGUCGCAUUCAACAAGAUUUAA